AUGUCCACUCGUGUUACCGGAACGGCCUUCAUCACCAGCAGCGCAUCAGGUAUCGGCCAAAAGACAGCCUACACCCUAGCGCAGAAUGACAUUACCAACCUCGCUCUGCUGGAUAUCAACACCGCCCAGCUUCAGACCAUCCGGGAUGAUCUGGCCGCCAGCUUCCCCAACCUAGGGAUAGAGAUCCUCACCGCCGACGUCAAGGAUGAAGCCUCCGUCGAAGCCGCCGUGCAAAGAACAGUUGCCCGCUUCGGCGGAAUCGACAUCGCUGUCCACUCGGCUGGGAUUGGGGGAGAAGCUCCCAACUCGGAUGAGGCCAGCUUGGCGAACUGGCAGAAGGUGAUUGAUACCAACCAGACGGGGGGUGUGGCUUUGCCAGCGGGCAGUGGUCCGGCAGAUGCGGAAACAAGAUCCCUCGCGAUGACCAGGAUGGAAGUUCCUGACCGGUAUAGGGACCGUGGAGGCAGACUAGGCAGAGGGGCCAUUGUGAACUUGUCUUCCAUCUUCGGCGUUUCCAUCCCGCCGACAGAUAUGGGGCUCAUCCCGUAUACGACCGCCAAACACGCCGUGAGAGUCCGCACUGACAGACCCAGUGUCGUGGAUACCCCUAUGACCCACAAGGCCACCGCACUCGGAUUAUUCGACAAGACGAUAAAUCAAACUCCCAUGGGCCGCUGCGGGACGUUGGAGGAGAUCGCAGACUCGAUCCUGUUCCUGGUGUCGCCGAUGAGUAGCUAUGUGGUUGGUGCGGCGCUGGUCGUGGACGGAGGGUGUACCGCGUAG